AUGCCUGCUCUACGGACGCCUAUUCUCAGCAAAAAGCUUGGUUCUGAAAUUAUACGCACUUUGAAGAUUCGCUCUGUCUUUGUCAACAGCUUAUAUUUUCCCGCAUCUUCGAAGAAGCAUCGUUUUCUGGAUGUUGCUGUUCUAUCGCCAGUUCCAACUCACGCCGACGCUCGACCCUUUCCCGUCGUUGAGCAGGUUCUUGGAACCAGGUUUCCAAUCCAUGACGCUUUUGUUGAGGUCACCGACCCACAUGGUGUCGCUCAAGAAUACCUGGUGUGCUUUCAGUAUCACGAACAUGCUCCCAUCAACAAAGCAUUACUUGAACUUUGUCCCCAAAUAUUUUGGAAAGGAGAUAUCCUUGUCUUGAAACGAGGCACCAGGAAAUGGGUUCGAAGUUUCCGUGGUACCGAAGAGAAGUAUUUAGCCAAGUGUGCGGUCGUCCGGUAUUUCUUCGGUGUACCCAUGAAAGAAACACGACCCUCUAUUCAAUAUCGCCUCCGAUUUCGCAAGUUUCCCGAAACUCCAUACCGUGCCAUACUGCGUAGUCUGGAGGAUGACAUUCCCAUUCUACGUCAGCGUUUUCCACUGCAAAAAGUCAUGAAAAGGCGAGGUAGUGCGGGGUUCUUUUCAGAAUUACCAUUGGAUUCCACCCCUAUAUUACGAGAGAGAUUUCCGCUGUUCUCAACGACCACAGAAGUUCAGCAUAAAGUGGAUACGCUUGCACCAUCGAGCUUCUCAGCACCUUUGGAUCUUAUCUCCGACGAUUUACCUGGGCCCAUUCCAGAUUAUUCUCAUCUGGCCUCUGCGACAGCCCCACUAUUUCCCCCCUCUGAUGACUCAUCAAGCAGCAGUUGUACAUCUGUAGUCACCCCAUCUACGCGCCCCUUUUCUCAUGAUGAGACUUCGAGGUCUCUGUCAACUAGCUCAUCCCCGUGCCCUCAAAUAUUCUCGUACCCAUUGGCAUCAAUGACAGCUAUGUACACAUUCCCGCCCCCACCUCACUCUAGUGACCAAAUCAUUCCUUCAACAAAGCCAUCCGAGGUGCCCUUGCCUAGUGAAUCAUUGACAGCCCUCGCCAAAAUUAGUGCACAGACAUCAGAUCUCAGCGUGCAUUCUUCUACUGCCAAUGGACUCACGCCUGAACAACCGUGUCAGGAUUUUUCAUCUGAAGAGCAUUUGUCUAAUGCGAAGGACACUUGCAUUGACAUUGUCCGAACAUCUCACAAAAUCAGGAACCUAGAGAAACAUAUCACAGUCUUCGAAUCCAAAGGCAACUGUGCCUUCUCAGUCCCACCACCUGUCGUCUCCUCUCAAACUGGCGAUAUAUUUAUCCAUAGAUAUGGGAUUAGUGAGAAAAUGCAAAUCUGGGUUCGGGACUCGAGGUCGAAUUGGGGCGAUGCUAGCCUUGGUGAUACGCACCCGUUUUUAUUUGACUAUCGCCUCAAUAUGUCUUCCCAAGGUAAGCUCAGUUGGGUCACCAAGAAAACGGUAUCAACGUAUCGAGGGCGCGACAGGAAGCGUUCCAGCGGUAAGCUACAAUCCAAUCGUCCCCGAAGCACCAUCUAA